CAUCAUCAUUGUCUGUUUCAAUUUGUUUACACUCCCUCCGUACUACUUACUUCUGCUGCUAUUUCAAAAGCAACUCCAACAACACUUUCUCUCUCCUCAAGUCUUUCUCCCACAAACUCACAUUCAAUAAUGGCGGUAGCAGAAUCAGGGCAACUCAACUUAGAAACUCUAUUUGGUGGUUCUAGAAGCAUUCAUUCUUUUCAGAAGUUGCAACAAAUUGGUCAAGGCACUUACGCGCAAGUUUAUAUGGCCAAAGAAAUUGAAACUGGAGAAAUUGUUGCUCUGAAGAAGAUAAGAAUGGAAAAUGAAAAGGACGGGGUUGUCGGGUUUCCAAUUAAUGCGUUACGUGAAAUCGAGAUUCUAAGUAAGCUGCAUCAUGAAAAUAUAAUCAAAUUAAAAGAGGUUCUGGCUUCUCCAGCUGAUGAUAACGAUGAAAAAGGUGGUAUCUACAUGGUGUUAGAGUACAUGGAUCAUGAUUUAACUGGUCUUGCACGUCGUGCUGGGAAAUUUUCCGUUCCACAGACCAAGUGCUAUUUGAAGCAGCUUUUGACGGGACUCCACUAUUGUCAUGUAAACCAAGUAUUACAUCGUGAUAUAAAAGGCUCAAAUCUUCUUAUAGACAACAAGGGAACUUUGAAGCUUGCUGAUUUUGGUCUUGCCCGCUUUUUUGCCAAUGAUGAUAAAGGAAAUCUUACCAACCGGGUCAUUUCCCUAUGGUAUAGGCCUCCAGAGCUGUUGCUUGGCAGCACGAACUAUGGUCCUACUGUUGAUAUGUGGUCAGUUGGCUGUAUUUUUGCUGAGCUUCUUGACGGGAAAGCAUUGUUUCCUGGGAAAGAUGAGUCAGAGCAAAUAUUUAAGAUCUUUGAGCUGUGUGGAGCCCCAGAUGAGUCCUACUGGCCUGGUGUUACGAAGCUACCGUGGUACGACAAUUUCAAGCCUAACAGGCCAUUGAGAAGGCGCCUGCGGGAACAUCUUAGACACCUCAAUCGUCAUGCUUUGGAUUUGCUGGAGAAGAUGCUGAUUCUUGAUCCUGCACAGAGGAUCUCUAACGACCGAUGCACUUGAUUUGAGUACUUUUGGACUGAGCCAGCUUGUGAUCCUAAGAGUUUACCAAAAUAUGAAUCAUCACAUGAAUUCACGACUAAGAAAAGGCAUCAACAGCAACGACAGCAAGAGGAAGCAACCAAACGUCAGAAACUUCAGCGUUCACCAGGAAGUAUUCAUCCCUUGCCCAUUCUACCCAUUCAACAGUCUGGUCAAGCCCAAGCUCAGGGGCAGGCCGGACCUAAUUGGCCCAUGCAUGGUUCUCAAAUGCCUGUUCCUUCUGGGCCUGAGCCGCCUGACUAUCAUCACGGGAAGCCACGUGGACCUUCCAGAUAUACUCUGAGAGGGAAUGACGGUGGAGGACGCAGUUGCCCCUACCGUGGAAGUCAAGGUGGUGAGCGAGCCCGUGGCAGUGUCUCACACCUGCAACAUGGGCAGGGCCCAGCAUAUGGAUCAAGUGGCACAGCCGGUAUUGGCCCACGAGAUGGUGGAUUUGGUGGUCACGAAGGUGCCAAAAUCUACCAACAAGUUGGCCCUUAUGAUGGUUCAAGUGGCUUGCCUGGUAUGGGCCCACGAGGUGGUGCUUCUUAUGAUACUUAAGGUGGUAUGCCUGGUAUGGGCCCACCAGGUGGUGGUUCUAGUGGUCAUGGAACUGCCCGAGAUUUCCAACAAGGCGGUUCUUAUGAUGGUUCCAGUGCUGGCCGAGGGCAUAACUUAGACAUGAGGGGAACGAAACAUUAUCAGCAGCAUGGUCGGAAGCAUUAAUGUUACAGUUUCAAUUUGGGUCACAUUCCUUUUUGUUGUAGAAUGUAGAUAUACUUAGGGGUGAAAGUUAUUCGGAUAAAAUCCAAAAUCCAA